GUGGAGUUGCUGCGAUACCAGCAGUGUGGUGUGUGGAGAGUUCAUGGCGGUCCGGGACUCUGAGAGAAGUUCAAAAAGAAACAAAUAUGGCCAGCAGUCACAGACCUCCAAUAGCUCGUCCUUCUUCAAGAGCAGGAAUAGGGCUGACCACAAGGCCUACCACUUCAUCAAGGACUCCAUCAGCAACCAGAAUAGGAACAGGGAUGCCUCCUAGUACAUCAAGACCUGUUUCUCGUGGUGGCCCUUCGCCAACUGGAGGAGUCUUAUCAUCUCAGAUUAAAGUUGCAGACCGUCCAGUGACUCAACAUGGUUUAAGUGGAAUGAAAACUGCAAUUAAAGGUCCUCAGAGACAGAUAAUGGAUAAAACAUAUUACCUUGGUCUGCUGAGAAGCAAAACAAGUGAACUAACAACAGAAAUUAACAAGCUCCAGGAAGAAGUAGAAAUGUACAAGCAAGAAAAAUCUGUUUACUUAUCAUACGAAAAAAGGGCAGAAUCUCUAGCUGGAGAAAUCAAAGAAUUUCAAGGUCAACUAGCAGACUACAAUAUGGUUAUGGAUAUACUUAAUACUAGUACAGAUAUGGCAGAAGUGAUUCAUGAUUACAAUAUGUUAAAGGUUCAGAAUGACCGAGACACUCAGAGUGUGGAUAAAAUUUUCACAGAAAGACAAACCACAGAAAAGUUAAUUCAGACUGUAGAAGAAGAUAUCGAACGUGAAAAAGUUGUAGCAGAAGACAUAAUAAAAGACAUGUCACAGGAAAAUCAAGCUAAAUAUAUGGAGAUGAAGGCUUGCAAAUGAAAACUUUCUCAGGAACUGGUUUGUUCAACAGCAGGAAUUGGGGCACUAAAUUUAAAGGAGGAGGCUCUAAGAGCUGAAAUAGAACAACUCCCAGGUUGAAAAAGGAGGCUGUGCAGAUGUUGAAAAGCCCAUGAGCUCGAGGAACAUCGAGAUCAAAUGACUGAGGAUAAGAAUAUGGAAUCUCCGCAGGAGGAAAGAGAAGUCUUGAUUUUUCUCACUCCACUUUUGUGUAUCAAAAAAAAAAAUAGUAUUUUACAACACAUUUUAAGCCAUGGAUUUCAUUAUCCCAUUUUCAGGCUGGCUAGAAGUAAAAAGAAAAAAACAAACCACUAAAAGGUCAUUCAACGACUUGAUAUGGAUCUGGAGAACUAUGAAGGAGAAGAAAAUUGGAGAUACAAAGAGCUGAAGAAGAGGGAAGAAAGCAUGGACAAUUUUCUUGAGACUUUUGAAGAGCUGAAGAAUCAGGAACUGGAGAGAAAAGCCCAAAUAGAAGCCAACAUUGUUGCACUCCUGGAGCACUCAAGCAGGAAUGUGAAUCGUAUGAAACAAAUUUCAUCUGUUACCAACCAAGAACUGAAGAUUAUGCAGGAAGACCUCACUUUUAAAUCAAACGAAAUGCAGAAAUCACAGAGCACUGCUAAGAAUCUGAUUACAGAAAGCCAGAAACUGCAGAUGGACCUACAGAAGAUGGAACUCUUAGAGUCCAAGAUGGUUGAUGAACUAGCUUCUCUUCAAGACAAAAUAGAACAAACAAAAAUGGAUUUGAAGGUUUAUAAUAAUUUGCCAGCUCUGAAAGCAUCAGGAGAAGAGAAGAAACAGAGACUCCAGGAUGACAAAGAAAAAUUAACAAAACAUACCCAUGCUUUCAAGAAAAUAAUGGAACACUUGAAUACAGAGUAUGAGACAGUAAAGAGAGAGCUGCAAGAGAAUGAGACACAUUCUCAGCUUAUAAAUUUGGAGAGGAAGUGGCAGCACCAUGAGCAAAAUAACUUUAUGGUGAAGGAAUUCAUAGCAACAAAAAGUCAGGAGAGUGACUACCAGCCAAUAAUGAAAAAUGUGAGAAAGCUGGUCACAGAAUACAACAAAGCUCUCAUAGAAGCUUUACAGAACACCAAGAACUGAAUCCAGGCACUUCCUUCCUGCCCUAGUGGACCAACAAUGAAAGAUGUGCACAGGCAGCAUGGAAAACUAGAUUGCAGAACUCAUUCACUCACAACUAUGGCAACAGACUCUUAAAAGUAGUUCUUCCAGGUUUUUAGAAGUCACAGUUCUUAAUACUACUCCUCUUUUGCAACAGUUAGUUAAAAAUUUUAGAAAUUAACUUCUGAAUUUUAUAAACUUGUAGAAAUAAAAAAGAAAUACUGCACAAUGAGUGUAAAAUCAUCAGAAUAUUUUAUUAAGGCCCAUUGCUGGAUUUAAAUGUGAAACUUUAGCCUGCUUUACACAGUGGAUCUCUAAUUGUCUUGUAGCCGUAUCGCUGCCAAAUAUAAUAGGAGUUUUUUUCCUUGAAUAGGGAUUGCCUGGCAGGCUGUCAUACACAUUGUCUUAAAUGAAGUGUAUAGUAAGAUUAAUGAUAAUAGCAGUUACCAUCCCUAUUUAAACAGCAACUUACGACAAGGAAGUAAAACAUCUAAGGAGGACAAGCAUCCUUUUGAGUCAGAAUUGCUUUAUACUGUAAAUGUCUUAUAAUAAAAUAGUCUUACAAUAAAAGCAAAUGUACUUCA